AUGUUUAUUUGUAUAGAGAAAGAUAAUUUCAGCGUGGAGAAGGGAUUAUUUGCUCGUAGUAACCUUUCUUUAAGUGUGGAGAAAAGCUGUGGCACAUACCGGCCACCGUAUGAUUGGGCGAAGUUGGUUGUAGCAGUGAAGAGAGUUUCGGACAGAGUCCUGAGAGUUGAUGUAGUUAUUGAGGCCGAAGUUGAGAGUUUCAUUGUGGUGUAUGCUCUGCAGGUUGGACGAAGUGCGGAGGAGAAGGAAAAGUUCUACGACAGCGUGUAUGCAGUGAGAGCAGACAUUAGAGGGCGAUGUGUGAUGCUUGGUGAUUGGAACGGUCAUGUGGGAAGCGUAAGAAAAGGAUACUGUGCGCAUGGAGGUUUUGGAGUUGGUGAUAUGAAUGCUGAAGGCGAGGCGAUAUUGGAGUUAGCAGCGAGUUGUGAGAUGGUGGUAGUGAAUACGUGGUUUAUAAAGGAAGAAAGCAAGCUUGUGACGUAUGAAUCUGGUGACAGUAGGACGGUGGUGGAUUAUAUACUGGUGAAUGAAGAACAGAGGAAAAACAUGAAGGAUGCAAAAGUGAUUGCAGGAGAAGAAUGUGUGACCCAGCACAAGCUGCUGGUCAUGGACUGGAGAAUGAAGAAGGUGAAGAGGAGAAAGGUUGAGGGUAAAGGUAAGCUUAAGCUAGGGAAUGUACGAUCGAAUGAAGGGAAGCAGUGUUUCCGUGACGAAAUUGCGACAUUGAAUGUUGAGGAUGAGACGGUGGAGGAGCGAUGGACGUGCUUGGAGAAGGGUGUUUUAAAGGCAGCGGAGAAGGUAUGUUGUAGAAGUAAAGGCGGUGUAGUAAAAGAACAGGCAUGGUGGUGGGAUCAACGAGUCAGCGAUUGGCGAAGAAGUUGGCAUUUAAAAGGUGGAGAAAGUCGCGGACUGAAGCAGAUAGGAUCGAUUACAUCCGGUUGCGAAAGGAGGUGGCUAAAGCGAUAG